AUGCCUGAGAUCACCUUGUAUCUUGCCAAUGGGGCCUGUUCCCUGGCAGCACAUCUCCUCUUGGAGGAAUUUGGCAUCCCCUACAAGACAGUCGUCAUGAAGAUGGGCCCCAAUGGCUGGGCAGCUGUUGACGGCAGCAUUAGCGCAGACGAGUACCGUCGUACAAUUCAUCACGCCAGCCAGGUCCCAGCCCUUAAAGUCGACAACGAAGUUAUAACCGAGAACCCUGCCAUUCUGGGCUUUAUUGCGACACUGAGCCCGGAAAGAAAGCUGACAGGCAAGACGGCGUUGGAAAAUGCGCGCACUGCGGAGUGGUUGGCAUGGAUAUCCGGCACCCUGCACGGGAUCGGAUUUACCAUGAUGUUCCGCCCUGGUCGUUUCUGUGAUAACGAAGCAGAGCAUACCAGGGUCAAAGAGAUGGGCCGAGAGCAGGUUCUGACUGGGUAUAAAAUCAUUAACAAGGCGUUGGAGAAGAAGGACUUCCCGGUCGGCGGGGCGGAGACACUCGUGGAUUACUUCAUGGUUCCUUUUUGGCAUUGGGGCAGUGCCUUUGGUAUUGAUAUCUCAUCUUUCACCAACUAUACCAAGUUGGUCAAGAGGAUAGAGGCAAAGGAGUCGGCAAAGCGUGUUCUACAAGAUGAGUCAGUGGAACCUGCACAGUAG